AUGGCACCACCAACUGGUAGGGCGCCUCGCGCGAAUCAAUACCUGUCUUUUGCCAAUAACCCAUCCUCCAGCCAAGCCACCCGUCGGCCGGCAACUAGCAAUCUCGAAAGCGAGACAAACCCUCUCCCUCCUGUUUCUGGGCAGAUCACUUACCCUGCAUCCGCCAUCCUACCACAAGACCGUGGUCUUGGAUUUGAAACAUUUACCAAUCCUCCAGAAAACCCAGCUCCUAAACCUGUGGAGAAAUCAGCACGUCGCCGUCGCAAGAUGAGUGCCUGGCGUCGUCCAUCGGACGAUGAGUGGGAAACCGACGAUGAUGUUAGCAUCGCGUCUGACCUCAUGCCGAACAGCGCCAGCGAGGGCGAACCGUCACCACCUCGCAAAAAACAAAAGCUCUCCAAGAAGAAGGGGUAA